AGAAAAAACGACAUUUGUUUGUUUGACAAGCUUAAAAGUAGACAUUUUUUUCGUCAAUUGGUGAUUUUAAAUCAAAUUAAAUCUCGAAUUGAAUAUUGUCAUUUCGAUCUCAACAAAUUAUUUUUUUUUUUCGUGUUUGUGGUAACAAUUUUUACAACAACAACAAUGACUACCGUUUCGGAUGAAAAUAAAGCUCAGGCUUUAGCUGCCAAAAAUCAAGGCAAUGAUCUAUAUAAACAACGAAAAUUUGAUGAAGCAUUAGCCUGUUAUGAAAAAGCAAUUGAAUUGGAUCCAACUGAUAUUACAUUUUUGAAUAAUAAAGCAGCCGUUUAUUUUGAACAAGGUAAUUAUGAUGAAGCAAUUAAACAAUGUGAAAAAGCAAUCGAAAUUGGUCGAGAAAAUCGUGCCGAUUUUAAAUUGAUUGCUAAAGCAUAUUCACGAAUGGCCAGUUGUUAUCAACGUAAAGAACAAUAUGUUGAUGCACGAACAUUUUUUCAAAAAUCAUUAACCGAACAUCGUACACCGGAAACAUUAUCAAAAUUAAGUGAAGUGGAAAAAAUUAUUAAAGAAAAAGAACGUAAAGAAUAUAUUGAUCCGGAUAAAUCAUUGGAAGAGAAAAAUUUGGGUAAUGAAAUGUUUAAAAAAGGUGAUUAUCCUGCCGCUGUUAAACAUUAUACCGAAGCUAUUAAACGAAAUCCGGAUGAUGCAAAACUUUAUAGUAAUCGUGCUGCAUGUUAUCAGAAACUUACCGAAUUUAAUUUGGCAUUAAAAGAUUGUGAAGAAUGUAUUCGUCUUGAUCCAAAUUUUGUCAAAGGUUAUAUUCGAAAAGGUUAUGCUUUGUUGGCAACAAAAGAAUUCACAAAAGCACAGGCUGCUUUUCAAAAAGCAUUAGAAAUUGAUGAAAACAAUAAAGAAGCAAUCGAUGGUUAUCGUAGAUGUUGUACAUCAUCAACACCUGAAGAUAUGCGUAAACAAGCAAUGGCUGAUCCUGAAGUUCAAAGUAUAUUAGCCGAUCCAGCUAUGCGUAUGAUAUUGGAACAAAUGCAAAAUGAUCCAAAAGCAUUACAUGAACAUUUAAAAGAUCCAGAAAUUUCAAGCAAAAUUUUUAAAUUGAUUGAAAGUGGAUUGAUUUCGGUUCGUUAACAACAACAAC